AUUAUAUUUUCAGACGGGCAGUCAAGUAAUCAGAGGUCAUUUUCCGAUUUUCGAUAUUCAACGGUAACCUCUUUAAUUCACGAUUAUUUUGUAAAGUUGAAAUACAUAACGACUAAAUAAUGGCAUUAUUCUUACGAUCAACCAAAUUAGCUGCUAGACUCACAAAAGGCACAACUAAAUGCUUUUCAAGAAAUUAUGCUGACCAAAUGAAUUUCACAUUCGCUGCCGCAAACCAAAUCUUUUACAAUGAAAAAAACGUAAAACAAGUUGAUGUACCAUCUUUUAGUGGUUCAUUCGGUAUCUUACCAAAUCAUGUACCAACCUUAGCCGUUCUUCGUCCUGGUGUAGUUACUGUUUACGAAGAUGAUGGAUCACCAAAAAAAAUAUUUGUGUCCAGUGGAACAAUAACGGUUAAUGAAGACUCAAGUGUUCAAGUUUUAGCUGAAGAAGCGCAUCCAAUUGAAGAUAUCGAUGGAUCUGCUGCUCGUCAAGUAUUGCAAGAGGCUCAGAGUCAACUAGCAACUGCUUCCGGUGAUGUUGCCAAGGCUGAAGCUGCAAUUGCUGUUGAAGUAGCUGAAGCACUCGUUUUAGCUGCAGGAAACUAAUUCUAAAUGUAAACUAUGUAUUAUAAUAGUGUGAAAAUUCGUUUUAAGAAUUUUUAAGAUACAACUAGGACUCUGAAAUCUAAUUAAAAAUUCUACAUAUGGUAUAUUUGUUGGUUUGUGUAAGCUUCAAGUUAUAAUUUAUAAUCCUCAUCAUAAAAUUUCUAAUAAAUUAAAAAUGUAUUUAA